AUGGACACUUCAGAGGCUGUAGCAGCCCAGCGUUCAACAAGGCAGGAGGAGGAAAGCGGGAGCGAGGGCGCUGAGGAGGAGCGGGGCCCGGAGCCAGAGGACAGCCCGGUAUCCCUAGAUGCAUGCAGCCAGGAGCUGUUUUCAAGCCAGGAGGAAGGUAGCCAGUCGCAGCGGAUGGUGCUUGGGGAACAACAAACAGCAGAGGAGGUGCCCGCAGCAGAUCAGGCAUUUGUGACCCUUGGUACAGAUGAUGUUUAUUGCCAAGGAGCUCUGGUUCUUGGACAGUCCUUGAGGAAUCACAUGACAUCUAGAAAGCUGGCCAUACUAAUUACACCACAGGUCUCCAGUGUCAUGAGGGCUGUCCUCUGCAGUGUGUUUGAUGAAGUGAUUGAAGUGGAUGCAAUUGACAGUGCUGACUCGAUGCACUUGGCUCUGCUGGAGAGGCCAGAGCUGGGUGUAACCUUCACCAAACUUCACUGUUGGACUCUCACUCAGUAUAGCAAAUGUGUCUUUAUGGAUGCAGACACUUUGGUGUUAUGUAACAUUGAUGAACUGUUUGAACGGGAAGAGCUUUCAGCAGCUCCUGAUUCUGGCUGGCCAGAUUGCUUUAAUAGUGGCGUAUUUGUCUUUCGUCCUUCUGUAGAAACUUAUAACCGUCUGCUGCAGUUUGCUACUGAACAUGGCAGCUUUGAUGGUGGUGAUCAAGGCUUACUAAAUAGUUUCUUCAGUAACUGGGCAACAACAGAUAUUGGCAAACAUUUACCAUUUAUCUACAACUUAAGCAGUAGUGCUAUCUACACGUAUGUUCCUGCUUUCAAACAUUUUGGCAGAGAUGCAAAGGUAGUUCAUUUUUUGGGGUCAGCAAAGCCCUGGCACUACAAGUACAACCCUCAAACAAGAACAAUUAUGCAAGAUGGCUCCACCUCAGGAUCUCAGCAUCAGUUCUCAUAUCUUGUACUCUGGUGGAAGAUAUACUACGCUAGCAUAUUGCCUUUGUUAGAAAAACUUCCAGAGAUGGAAGACCUGGAAUCCCAGGGACAAAAGCACAUUUUCAAUGGAGAUGAAAUUAGACCGAAAAAUGAGAAUCCUCUUAUCAAUUCUCUGCAAAUCCCUGUGUUUCCAGAACAGACAUCUGAAAUAGACAUCACUACUUGCCCACCUGAAGAGUUUGAUACUAAAACUCCACCUGUACCUCAAGUUGAACAACACAAUUCUGAAGACAGUCUCCCUGAGCCAGACCAGCCAUUGGAACAGCUUGCCUUUCAUCCUGCCCCUCAGCAAACCUUGAAACUGGAUGAGACUACCCAUCUUAUUUCUGAGCUGUCCACUCAGCUGAAACCGGAAGAGCCAAAUGCAGAAGAUGAACGGAAGAAGUGGGAGGAAGGCCGUAUGGACUACAUGGGGAAGGAUGCUUUUGAACAUAUUAAAAAGAAAUUGGAUAAAUUUUUAAAGUAG